GUGGGUUUGGACAGACAAGGUGGGUAUGAACGUGCAGACAAACAGAAUCAUCUCAUCUUCCCUCUCCCACUCCUUCCCCCCACCAAACAAAAAGCAAACCCAACAAAGAUCUCGCUAAAAUAUUAAUCUUAAUCAAUCAGAUUGGUUUUGGUUUUGUCGGAGCUGAAGAAGAAGCUUCUGUCUUUCCCUGGAGGAAUUCCAAGAUGCCAUAAAGAGGACAGCUGGUUUUCUUCGUCCCGGUCCUGAUCACUGUCGUUUAUGGUCAAAGCCGGAUUAUUUUGUUCCUUCUCCCCUCCUCUUCCUGACAGAGACCAUCCUGAGGUUUAUCUCCUUUUAUCUGUGGUUUCAGCUGUUGAUUUUGAUCCCCGCAGAGCAGAGCAGCUUCUUGGCAUCAGCCAUCAGUUAACUUACAGAAGAUUUUCACUGAUUCGAACUGCGAGAGGUGUUACCUUUUCAAAUAGAAUCAGAUCGGCUUUCGGUUGACUACAUUAGGAGCAGAGAAGUUGUAUGAGAGCCAUGUCUCUGAUCAGGCCCAAACUCAACCAUAAGCUAAUGUAUGUUUCUGAAUCAUACAGCAGCGAGAGUUACGACCCAAAAUAUUUCAUUGACUCUUCACUAGACGAGACACCACAGCCGACUAGUUCUGGCAUCUCAGAAGACUUACUUCAUCCGCCGAAAAAUCAGUUCGAUGGUUGUCCAUCUAACUCCGAGUCUGAUUACUUGGAGAGUCUGAGUUUGGACUGUGUGGACUAUGAUGAAAAUAAGAUGAGGCUGAAGUUGCAAGAGCUUGAGAGAGUUUUGCUCAAUGAUAACGAGGAUGUCGAAGAGGAGGAUGAAAUGUUCAGUGGCCCCGAUCUCAGCAUGGAGGUGGAUGGAGAAUGGGCUGAUCAAAUCAGGCCCACCAACCUGCACGACUCACCGAAAGAGUCUUCCUCGACGGACUCUUAUGUCAGCAGCAUCGGGAGCAGCAAUAAGGAGAUCUCUCAGCUACCUUCUUGUAGCCUGAAGCAGCUGCUAGUCGACUGUGCCGCAGCCCUUUCAGAAGGAAAUGUCAUAGAAGCAUCGACAAUGAUUGAGGAGGUCCGUCGGACUGUUUCAAUCCAGGGGGACCCACCACAGAGGAUUGCAGCCUACAUGGUAGAAGGUCUUGCUGCUCGAAUGGCUGCAUCGGGGAAGUACAUCUACAAAUCCUUAAAAUGCAAGGAGCCCCCCAGCUUAGACAGGCUUGCCGCAAUGCAGAUCCUCUUUGAGAUUUGCCCCUGCUUUAAGUUUGGGUUCAUGGCUGCAAACGGGGCGAUCAUUGAGGCCUUCAAAGAUGAAAAGAGCGUUCAUAUCAUAGACUUCGAUAUAAACCAAGGGAACCAAUACAUCACGCUUAUUCAGUCGAUUGCCUCUAUUUAUCAGAAGAGUAAUAAGUCGAAACCAGUCCUGAGGUUGACAGGCGUAGAUGACCCUGAGUCAGUUCAACGGCCAGUUGGAGGGCUGAAGAACAUUGGACAGCGGCUCGAGAAGCUGGCUGAGGCUCUAGGGGUUCCAUUUGAGUUCUGGGCAGUCCCUUCUAAGACUUCACUCGUGACUCCGUCAAUGCUCCAACUAAAACCAGGGGAGGCACUCAUCGUGAAUUUCGCAUUCCAACUGCACCACAUGCCCGACGAGAGCGUCUCAACCACGAACGAGCGGGACCAGCUUCUGCGGAUGGUUAAGGGCCUGAACCCAAAGCUGGUGACUGUGGUUGAGCAAGAUGUCAACACAAACACGGCCCCAUUCUUCCCUAGGUUUAUUGAGGCAUACAACUACUACUCGGCUGUGUUUGAUUCUCUUGAUGCAACUCUCCCAAGGGAGAGCCCGGACAGGAUGAAUGUGGAGAGACAUUGCCUCGCUCGGGACAUAGUUAACAUCGUCGCUUGUGAGGGAGAGGAGAGGAUUGAGCGGUACGAGGUUGCAGGGAAGUGGAGGGCAAGGAUGACGAUGGCAGGGUUUACCUCGAGACCAAUGAGCCGGCACAUCAGCGACAACAUAAGAGAGGUUAUCAGUAAACAUUACUGCAACAAAUAUCAGAUAAAGGAGGAGAUGGGUGCGCUCCACUUCGGUUGGGAGGACAAGAGCCUCAUCGUCGCCUCAGCUUGGAGGUAAAGACGACGAUGGCUCAGUGUUGUCUAACUAGGAAAUUUUCUUGCCUGGACCAGUGUUUUAAGAUCCCUAUUCACCUGAGCAAUCGCAGCACUAGAUUGGUAUCGGUCUCAUUACAAUGAAGACAGACCCACAACAAUCGACUGUGGAUUGCUCCGGUGUCAAUGAAUCGUUUUUGCAUUUGGUUUACGCGAGAAGCAGUGCUCUAACCGUUAGUAGUGUAGGUUACAGUUUGCUGCAGUAGAACAUGUAGCUGUACUUGUGUUUUCUAUCUUUUGGUGUGGUUUCUGAUGCAUGCUGAUAUAUACACAUAUAUAUAUACAUAUAUCUUUAUGAGAUGUGCAUUGACUUGAUUGCAUAAAAAUUAUCAGUUGUUCUUCGA